CAGCGUGCUGUGGUGCGCGCACUCAGAACGCGCUGUUCAGGUGUGCCCGGUGGUAUUUGCAUUGGAGUCCGACCGCUCCGGGAUUUCCUCAUGACUAUCACUGAGACAUCUGAAGAACCGUUGACCAUGAGUUUCUUAAACAAGUUUAAAAAGCACAGUGCUCCACCUGCUCCCCCUAAGAGAAUCGAAAAUAAUUCUGGCUAUGGUUGGCCAGAAGAUGAAUUUGAUGUUCAGGAUGAGGAUGGGGACAUGUAUGAGGCUCCUCCUUGUGAACGUCCGGCGGUGAAGAUGCCAACCCGUCCACCAGAGGAAAAUGUCUACCUGGAUGGAGGCUUCACUGGAAGAGCGUCCAACCCUGUGGUCCCAACCAGACAGGCAGCUCCACCGCCUCGGCCUACAAAGAGCAAAAAUGCAAAACCAAUGUCAGUUCCUGUAGAACCUGAAGAUUUUUACAUCGAUCCUAAUAUCAAACCACCUGAGAUCGACCGGAAGGAGAAGCCUGGGAAGAAAUCAUCCGGCCCCAGAAAGUCAGCGCCCCCGCCAGCUAGACCCCCUCCUGACCCUACCCCUCAUGAAGAAGAUGAUGUGUAUCUGGAUCCAAAUGAAGGACAGGGUGAGGGAGACGAUCUAUACCUAGAACCAGCAGCAGCAUCACCCCCACCCCCAAGAGAACCAGCAGGGUGGAAGUCCACCAACACCAAAGCAGCCGUGCCUCCACCCAGCAGGCGAGAACCCCCACCCACUCUAAUUAAGCCUCCCCUUCCCAGAUCUGGUACUAUUUCCUCCAGUGACAUCAGAGCAGUCCCCCCUCCUGAAAUGAGAAGAUCUUCCUUUCCAUCCAAAAUGCCCCCACCCACCCCUGUCCACAAACCUACUCUGCCCAGUGGAUUCAAGGAGCCUAAACCCUGUCCUCCUCCUCCUCCUCCCCCCACCCAACCUCCAGCCCCCCACCCAAGUGCACAAGCUGUAUCGGCGACGGAAAAUGAGGAGAGCAAUCUGGAAGGGAGGGAAUGGUUUGCUGGAAACUGUGAUCGUAAGACUGCUGAAGACCUACUACUGAGGAUCAGCAAGGAUGGGGCAUUCUUGGUGCGGCGGAGCUCUGCCCAAAACUCCCGCCAGCCGUACACCCUGGUGGUGCUGUACCGGCAGAAGGUCUACAACAUCCCCGUGCGCUACAUAGAGGAGACAAACGGCUACGCGCUGGGCAAAGAGGGCAAGAAGAACGACGAGGUGUUUUCAGGCCUUCAGGAGAUCAUCUCUCACCACAAGAAUAACCCCCUUCUGCUGAUCGACAGACAGAGUCAGGCCAAGCACACUACCUACCUCACACAGGCGGCCCGAUAAUGACACACACUCACUCACACACACACACACACACACACACACACACACACACACACACACACUCACACACACUCACUCACACUCACUCACUCACUCACUCACUCACUCACUCACUCACUCACACACACACACACACACACACACACACACACACACACACACACACACACACACACACACACACACACACACACACACACACACACACACACA